GAGCAUCAUCCAUCACUUCACUUAUAAGCAUCGUUAAAACGGGCGCGGGAGAAGGCGGGACCGGGCUCCAGCAGGACUGCCGAAUAGACAGUCAAAUCCUUUUCGUUGCUUUCGCCGUUCUUCACAGGCCCGGCGAUCUCUUGGCCCCAAAAGUCUCCGAAUGACAACGCGACAUUGCCUCCUGAGUCGGUAGCCGAUGGCCUUCGAGAAGACCCCGAUGUUCCCCGUUCGGUUGCCGUGAUUGCUAGUGAUACAGAUAUUAUUAUCGCUCACUCGCCCACAUUGCCAGACAGUACUUCGUAGUCAACUCAACUCUGCGUUGCUCAGUCCAGUGAUGAUGGUGUCGCCCGCUCGUCCUGUCCAGCGUUGAUAAAGAGUUCAACCGGACAAUACCUCUGUUCCUUAGUGCCUGUCUUUUUUGGCGACCAUUCUCGACUGCGAAAAUCUCAGGAUGGCAUCAGAAUCCGAUACGGAAGAUUCGUCUUCGAUCUUUACACGAACGACGGCGCCGACGGAAUGGGAUUCAGCAGACCAGAUGGAUCCUCGAGAUGAUGAUAGCUUCUCCAUUGGGACCUUUGGGGAGGGGUCGACGUACUCUCUAUCGUCGAGCGUUCUCAAUUAUCAGUACGAACAUGGGAGACGAUAUCAUGCCUAUCACGAGGGGAAGUAUAUAAUGCCGAAUGAUGACCAAGAGCAAAACAAGCUGUUCUUGAUUCACCUUAUGCACGAACUCGCAUUUGAUGGUAGGCUCCAUCUUGCGCCGAUAUCCCCCGAUCCGCAGAAUGUCCUAGACGUGGGGACAGGCCGUGGAGAUUGGGCGAUCGAUUUCGCAGAGAAUUAUCCCUCUGCCAGGGUGAUUGGCACCGAUCUUAGUCCUAUACAGCCAUUAUGGGUACCUCCGAACUUGACCUUCGAAGUCGACGACGCCGAAGAUGACUGGCUAUAUACGCAGCAGUUUGACUACAUCCAUACGCGCACUCUAUGCGGAGGUGUUCGUGACUGGCCGCGCUUCCAUCGACAAGCAUUCGAACACCUGAAACCAGGAGGCUGGCUGGAGAUGCAGGAGAAUGACGCUUGGUUUCAACGCGAGGAUGGCACAAUUCCAAAAUGGUCGAAGAUGUUCCUCGAAAAACUGGACGAGGCUAGUAUACUCAACGGGACGCGAUUGAAUGUGGCCAGGGAUCAGAAGCAGCAUAUGAUCGAUGCGGGUUUUGUCGACGUGCAGGAUGUAAUCAUCAAGCUACCGCUCGCUCCCUGGCACGAGGAUCCAAAGAUGAGAGAAAUCGGCCGAAUCCGUGGACAAGCGAUGAACCAGGGCGUCGAAGGCUACAGUCUUGCCCUAUACACCCGUCAUCUAGGUUGGAGUCCAGACGAAGUUCGGAUCCUCCUUGCAAAAGUGCGCAGCGAAUUUAACGAUCUGAACAAUCGCAUGUACAUCGCAGAACAUGUCGUCUUCGGUCGCAAACCGGAAGACGCACCUGAUACGCGAAUUUCCAGUUGAUCGACUUCUCGGACCCUACCGUCCUUGCUCAUUAUGACACUCAAUCUCGAAGCGUUUGCAAAAAAAGAAA